UUUUUUCCCUCUUAUGUUCUAUUCUUAGUUUGGUUAAUUUUUAAGAUUAAGAUGAUCAGAUAUGAUCAAAAGAAUUUGAGAUAAUUUUUGUUUUUGUCAAGAGUUAAUUGUGUUAUUUGUUUGUUGUUUAUAAUCACUGAUGAGAAUUUAGAGGUGCUUAAUUAAUGAUUUACUGUUUGUUUAUCCUUUUAUUCCUUUGAGGUAUAUUUUGAUUGGAAUUUGUAAUACAUAUUUAUGGAGUUUGAUUGUGUUUAUUGAUAUGGGUGCUUUUUGUGUUUGUUGCAUGUCAGAAAAUCUUUUGGUGGGAGGUUUCUAUAAUUGCGUAGUGUAACUUUAUGAUGUGAAUAGUAGUAUUUGAUUUGGCGUGUUGUCUGUUUUUAGAAAUUUAAGUACCAAAAGAUUUUCAUCUGUGUAGGAAUUUUUUCUGGUGUGAGUUAAGAUUAUUUAUCAUGUGAUUUCCUAUUGAUUAUACUUCUACAAAAUUAGUGUUACUUUACAAGCUUUUGAAGGUUUUUAUGGAUAUUAGAAAUAGCCUGUUGAGUUGAGGUUGCACAAAUUCGACAUGAUUUGGUGGAAACCUUGUGCUCUUGGUGUUUGUUGUUGCUGUUGUUGUUGUUGGAAGUAAGAGUUAGGGGCACAAGUCGGUGCUCUGGGUGUUUGUUGCUGUUGCUAUUGGAAGUAAGAGUUAGGGAAACAAGUCGAUGCAUUGAUUUUCCAUAAACAAUCGCGUUCUAUCUUUAGGGCCUUUCUGUUAUUAUAGAAAUAAGGUUAUCUACAUCUUAGCAUUGGGGUAAUUUUGAGUUUUGAUGUUGUUGCUGUUGAUACCCUUUACCUUUCACCUGUUCGAGUACCGAGCAUAUGAGAGGAGAGAUUGGAGAAAUGUGUUUUUGAAUGAACUAUUUGUGGCUUUAUCUUUCUAAGUGGUCAUGAAUUGGAUAUGUUAAGAAAAUAGUUGUUCUUUGAUCUUAUUUCUUACCACCUAUGUGAAAGACUAUUAGAUUAUUUUUGUAUUCAUAAACUAGAUAACGCCUUUUAUGAUUAUUGAGUCAUUUGGGAUAGUUUUGACUGGAGUGUGAGCUGGGUUGAAAAGGAGGACUUCUUUCAUUCAAUUGCUACUAAUGAAUUUUAUGUUAAUAUGUGUUGUUUCUUGUUAAGGCUUGUUGUACCUGAGACGUCUUGUUUCAUAACCAAAGUAGAAUCGAGUUCUGUAUGAUGGAACAGGCUUGAUAAAUUGAGAAAUGAUAAAAAGUGGAGUUGCUUGCUUGGUAGUUGGUUCCUUUUCAUUUUAUGGGUUCUGGUGAGACCUGUAAUCUGAGAUCGGCUGGUUUGUGGUGGCUAUCUGACUUUUCCUAAAAUUCUUUUGGGGGUACCUUUUGUCUGAUAUCAUCAACCAUCGUUUUGGAUUGAUAGAUUACCCUGACGUCGCUGAUGAAUUUGUAACCAUGGGGUUUCAAUUAGAAUAUUCCUAUACUAUGACUUAAUUCUUUUUUCUUUUUUGUGGUGCUAUGAUUUCAAUUCUGGUACAGUGUAAUUGGAUAUAUUCUUGUAUUUGUAUCAAAAGCUACAUGUUCUAUGCGUUAGACUUGAGAGUAGGAUCUUAUAGUUGACAAGGGAAUUUGGGGCACCCCAUGUUUAGCAUCUGCCACAAGGCUAUAUGUAUGUGCUUCAUGAGAAAAUAUAUUUUCACUUUUUCCGGCUUGCAGAGGCACGAGUUUUGAUGUUUGGUAAUUGCAACUAAUUGUAAACAUAGUUUACAUAUGUGACAUGUGUGAACUUUCCUGAAUGUGUCAGAUUCUGAUGUUUUGCUAUAUACCUGUGCUUUAAAACUUAGAAGUACCUUGUGUUUUUUCUGUGGGUUUGAAUCCCUAUUAUGCAUCUUUUCUGUUAGCUAAAAUUUACAUUUACCUUGUAUCAUCAUAGUCAAUAAAGUAGAAUACCUAAAAUAAUUUCCAUAUUAUUCUGCAGAACUGAAACUUUGUAAAUCUACUCAUGGAUGAAUAUUCCAAUAGAAAAUCUUCUGGUCUUGCUAUCUCCAGGAGAGGGCCUAGCCUUGUUUUAAGGGACUCAGCGGAGAACAACAAAGAUCGGAAUGUUCAGGUUUGCAGCCGAGUUGGAUGUGGCAGCAAAUUGAAUUCAGUGAAGGAUGCUAAAGUUAGCUCUCCGAGUAAAGUCAAAUCUCCAAAAACUCCUUUCCGUUCAUCUGCUCAAGGAAAAGAAACCAUUGGAAGUUCAUCCAGAACUCUGUCUUCUCCUAGUCCUUUUAAAAAAUCUCUUUCAGACCGGAAGAAGAAACUGCCUUCUAAUCUUGACACUGAUUCAGAAAUGUGCAGUCUUCAAGAUGAAUCCGAGGAAGUCUCUGGAAAGACCCGGAUAAGGGUUCAGCCCGAGCCAGAAGAUCAUGAUUCCGUUGAAGCUUCAUCAUCUGAAGCUGGGAGUUCCAGUUCGGGACCCUCUAACAGAUUGGCAAACAGAAAUACUCAGAGGUUUGGGUUGGGGCGCCAAGAUUCUGCUGCAAGUUCUGCUUCAUUUUCUUUAAAUAAAACCAACCAAGGGCAAAGAAAUGGUGGUGGUGGUGGUGCUAGUGCUAGCAGGUAUAAUCUGCGACAAUUAAAAUGUAACUCAAUCUCUGACGUUGUUCCAUCAGGUUCUCCGCAGUCUGCUGAAUCAAGUCUCAGUAAGAAGAGGGACACAGGUUGUAGGAAGAGAAAUGGUGAAGCUGAGAGUAGUUUACCUGUGCGAGGUAAGAAAAUUAAUGGGGCUACCCAAGAUGAUAGGAGGAAUGACUAUCCAAAUCGUGGAAUAUCAAUAUCUGAUACAAGGCGUACCAGAAGCUCGAGUCCUGGGAAUAACGAUGUCACGUCUGUUAGGAGUCGGAGAUCUGUUGCUAGAACAAGGCUUUCAAAUCAGGAUACCCGGGAUAGAUUACCAUUGGUUGAGUCACCCCUGAGGAACCCAUCUUCACCUCUACCCGAGUCAUCAACUGGAGGAACUGAUUUUAGUUUGGAAAAUCAGUUCUCUGGCCGAACUCCAGCUGGUUCUUUAAGUUCUUAUAAUAGACCAGGUGGCGGUAGUGAACAUAUGCGGCCUAGUAGGUCUAUUGAUCCCUAUGAAGCUGGCAUUGCUCGCUCUUUUAUGAACCGUGAUACCUUAAGACAGUACAACUUAGAUGGGAUUGCAGAGAUGUUAUUAGCGCUAGAGAGAAUUGAACAAGAAGAAGAUCCAACCUACGAGCAAUUGCUUGUUCUGGAGACUAAUCUUUUCCUAGGAGGACUUUCUUUUCAUGAUCAGCACAGGGACAUGAGGCUGGAUAUUGAUAAUAUGUCAUAUGAGGAACUAUUAGCUUUAGAAGAGAGCAUGGGAACUGUAAGUACAGCCGUGCCAGAAGAUGAUUUGGCCAAGUGUCUUAAAAGGAACAUCUACCAGGGUGUUGCAGAUUGUAGAGAGGAUGAGCAUGAUAUCAAAUGCAGCAUAUGCCAGGAAGAAUAUGGUGGCGGGGAAGAAGUAGGAAGAUUGAGUUGUGAUCACAGCUACCACAUUGAAUGUAUAAAUCAAUGGUUGAGGCUCAAGAACUGGUGCCCUAUCUGCAAGGCUUCUGCAUCACCUUCAACUUCAGCAACUCCGCCUCCCUGAACUUCGCUGUUAUAUUCUUCCCUUUUUUUUCCAGUUUGUACAGACCGCAAUCUGUCGAUUUUUAUUUCUUCAUCAGAAAUUUGAUGUUUCUAUAGAUAGUCAUUUGGUUACUUUUUUCUUUUUCCUUAUUUGUACAUAUAAUUUCUCUUCUAUGUGCCAACUAAUAAUGCUCGAGCUGUUAGAGGCUCCAUUAUGGGAACAGGUUCACUUCACUUAUUUUACAUAAACAGAUUCUCAAGUAUAUAUAAAUCCCUCUCCUCAAAAUUUCUUCUCUUA